AUGCACCACUCCAAGAAUUUGAUGGUGAUAGUCCUGCUGGUCCAAGUGUUGAUCACCACCGCGCAAUAUGACGAUGACUAUGAUUCCUCUGCAGCGACCCUUGGAAUAUGUUUGAUAAGUCCCGCCGUGGCAUUCAAACUGGGCGUGGUUCGAGGCGAGAAAGAAAACGAGAACGACGGAGCGGCGGCGUUCAGUACCCGGGAAUGUGCUCUCCGGGCAUUUCUCUGUGGCGGAGUCGGCAACACCGACUGCAUCAACUGUCUACAGCUCGACACCACUGCCUGUACCACAAUCAAUGGCUGUACGGCUGCAGUUGGCUCCUGUUCUUUUUCAUGUCCUUAG